GCCCGGGAGCUGGGAGUGUGCUCGGAAGCAAGGGGACGUCGAAAAGUUGCGGCUCCGCGAACGCAGCACGGCCCGCAGGUCUCAGGCCUGGGCGGACCGCGGGCCCUGGCUCGGCUUUAAGGAGCUCCGGGGCAGGAGACACGGCCCGACCCAGACCCAGACUCGCCCGCGCCGCGCUACAGUCUACGUGGGGCCUUCACGCGUGUGGCUUUGCACGCUCUUCCGGGGUCGGGUCGCGCGGGACCCCUGAGCUUCCAAGUCGGGGGCAGCCGGGGGGCCUCCGCUGUUGCUGCUGAAAACUAACAAAUCGGUGUGGCCUUCCCACCCUUCCCCCGAGGUCCCUCGCGGAUGUGGCCUGAAACCUGGUAGCCAUUUAAAAGACGGAAUCGUUUGAUGCGGAGACAUUGCUCUUUUUUGGUGUCUUUCGCCUUUAAUUUUUCGGGCAUUAAGUCCCAAACUGAGCUUUUAAAACAAUGGGGAACGUUUGAGUUUUUACAUAGAAAGCAUUUGGCAGAUUCACAUUCAGUAAGUGACAUCGUCAUUAGAACCUGUCGGUUCUUUCCGGUUCUUCAAGCCCCACUCACAAAAAAUACCAGCCUAAACAAAAUUCGUCAUUUUCAUGUUUUAGCAAGUCAGAAAGUUAGGAGCCAUGUUGAAUAAGGAAGCCAGAUUCUUCCCUUGGCUCUGCCAGUAAAUAUUGUCACUUAGAACCUUUAUAUGUAAAGAACACAGAAAUGAAACGAAAGGUAAUAAAUGCUGGCAAGCUGAGGUUGAGUCCCAAUGAGGAAGCCUUCAUUUUAAAAGAGGAUUAUGAAAGAAGACGAAAACUAAGAUUGCUACAGGUUCGAGAACAAGAAAGGGAUAUUGCUUUACAGAUAAGAGAAGAUAUAAAACAGAGGAGAAAUCAGCAAUUUAUUCGUUUGGCAGAGGCGCUAAGGGCAGAAUGGGAAGAAUCACAAACUCAGAAAAUAAAGAACUUGGAAAAACUCUAUUUGGCAAGUUUAAGAAAUAUGGGAGAGGGACAUCAACAAGCCAAAGAAAAUGAACCUGACUUGAAUGCUCUGGCACAGCGGGCAGCAGAAAGAAGAAGAAAAGCAGAAAUGAGGCAUAAAGAAGCCCUGAAAACACAGAAAAAUCAAAAAGAAAUAUUAAUGAGACAAAAAACCUGGCAUAUAAAAGCUCGAAAGGAAGCACUGCUUGUGGAAAAAGAGAGAUCUGCCAAAAUUACAAGUCAGCCACCUCCUCCUCCAACCCUUUUUGAGAACAUCGAAGUAAAGAGAAUUUCUAAUAUGAAAACAAAUAGUUCUACCUACCAUCAUCUUAAUACUUUCGUGAACAGAGAGGUAGACACAAAGCAGCCAGAUCCUCAUUUGGCUGCUGAGGAAGAAGCUAAAAGAUUGGAAGAACUACAAAAGCAAGCAGCAAAAGAGAGAAUGGAACGGAAUGAAAAGGCACAUGUACGGGGUUUCCAAGCAAUGAAAAAGAUUCAUUUGGCUCAAAAUCAAGAGAAACUAAUGAAAGAACUCAAACAGCUACAACAAGAGGACCUGGCACGUAGGAGACAGACUGUAGCAAGAAUGCCACCACAACUACUCGAACUUCCAUACAAACGUAAUGAAAUGAAAGAAGAUUGGCAGAGAGAACUAGAAUUUGCCUUCGAAGACAUGUACAAUGCAGACAAUAAGGUGAAAGGAAACCUGAUUUUGCACCUUGAACCAGAGCCUUUGCCCACUGGGACUGAUCAGAUCCAAGAUGAAGAACUGGACCUUUCAUUGGAGCACGAAAAUUUAGGCGAAACUGAAAACCUUCCAGCGAAAAUGAGUUUUAGUGAAGCAAACGUUCCCUUGGCAAUGAAGACUCAACAGCUUCCUUCAAAAAUUCUUUUUAAAAAAUUACUAAAUAAGAUCCGAAGCCAAAAAUCUCUCUGGACAAUUAAAUCCAUGUCUGAGGAUGACAGUGAAAUGAUUACGACUGUUACUGAAACCGAGAGUAAAGCACCAACAGUUGAAUCAGAAACAACUACUAUCGAAGAGAGAACAUUUUCUGGGCAGGAGCAAGUUGAAAGUGAUACGCUAACAGUUGAAAGUGAUAUGCUAACAGUUGACUCUGGGCCACUUACUAGUGAAGAUAAACCACUUUCUUUUGAUGUAGACUCUGAAAAGGAACAAGAAAUAAAGGAGACUCAGCCUACCACAGCUGUGGCUCAGAGUUCAGUUCUACUUCAUCCUCAAGAAGAAGCAGUCAGAAUUAGAAUGGCAGCAAGGCAGAAACAGAUAAUGGAAAUAGAAGAGCAGAAGCAAAAACAGUUGGAAUUACUUGAACAAAUUGCACAACAGAAGUUAAGAUUAGAAACUGAUUGCUUCAGGGCUCAGCUAGAAGAAGCAAAAAGACAAAACACUCAACAGACUGGGGUUGGCACUGCUCCAGCAUCAUGCACCAUAAGUACUGAUGAAGAUAGUCAUAGGCGGAUGAUUCGUAACUAUCAGUAUCACCUUUUACAGCAAAACAGGUUUCACAGACAAUCUGUUGAAACAGCCAAGAAACUAUUACUUGACUAUCAGACUAUAUUAAAAGGGAAGUACCCAUCCACGUCAGCUACAUCAUUAAUACCGAAUUCUAUUAUAUCAGCUCCACCACAGAAAUCUGAAAGGCCCACCAUUAUACCAGACCAUUGGGAUCAAGGUCAGAGACCCAUGUUGAGUCCUAACAAAUACCUACCUGUGCAGCCCAUCCAGAUGCCCAAAUUAGAACAAGAUUAUUUUCAACUUCCAAGACAAAAUCGCGUUCCACAAAGACUGGUUGAAAUAACAGAAACAGACGUUUUAGCCAAGCAAUGUUUGGAACCACAAGAACAGCCAAAGCAGUUUUCACAGACUGAAACACAACAGAGAGACUGUAAACCGGUCCCUAAAGAAUCUCCUGUACUUUCAAGGACUUUGUCAGAUGGCAGGCCACUAAUAUUACAGCAUGCUAGUGAAAUCGCUGAAACAUCUAGGGCAACAACUUUUCAAAUUUUAGGCUCCCAGCAAAUAUUGUCAGAGAACAAUGAAAAUACAUCUUCUAAGCUAGCCAAACCUUCUUCAUUCCUACCACUGGUAGCUGACCAUCCUUUUAGUUCUCUGCCUUCCAAAGUUGAAUCUGGAAAAAUCCAGGAACACUUUUCAACCAUGAGCAAGAGUGCAGUUUCUGUAAGCCAUUCUCUAAUCAGCCAAAUGCAGGAUAAGUCUUUGCCACCCUCAGAGAAUAUCACAGCUCAGCAAGGUCAUCUAAAGGCUCUCCAAGAACAGUUAGACCUACAGAAAGAAGUUCUUCAGUUAAGACAGGAAGCUCAGGAACAGUUGCUUUUGUGCAAACAGAAAGAAUUGGAAAGACAAACUGGCGUCUCUGUAUUCCUGCCAUCGGUACCUCUGGAUUUGUUUACUUCACUGCCGUCUGCCAAAGCUGAAUCAGGGAGAACCCGGGAAUCUGCUCCAACCAGGAAUGAUACUGCAGUUUCCUCGGGCCAUCCUGAGGUCCCCCAACUUCAGGAUAGGCUUCUGAGUUUUUCACAGCCUGUCUUAUCACAGCAAGAUAAUUUUAAAUUUCUUCAACAAUUAAAUAUUCAGAGGGACAGCCUUCAGGCUAGGCGAGAAGCCCAGGAAGUAUUAUGUGUGAAUAAACAGGGUGAACUGGAUGACAGAGUAUGGUCUGACCAUACUGUGCCCCCUUCUCUUUCACCUCAGGUAACUCAGCAUGCAUUUACUUCACUAAUUUCUGCUGGUACUCAGUCUGGAAAAAUCCAGGAGCAGUAUUCAUCAAAGAGUGAUGAAGGCCUUCUUUCAAGCCAACCUGAAAUCCCAAAAUCUCAGGAUGGCUCUUCGAGUUUCCUACAGCAGUUCCUACCUUUACAUAAUAGUUUGAAGUUGCUGCAAGAGCAGCUGACUGCACAGAGGGAUGCUCUUCAGGCUAGACAUGAAGCCCAGGCAGAAUUACUUUUACAUAAACAGAGGGAUUUGACGGACAGUAAGUCUGGGCACACGAGUUGUUCAUUCCCACCAGUGGUGGCUCAACAUUCAGUUGCUUUGCAAGCUUAUGCUAAAACUGAGCCUAGAUUUCAAAACCUGUAUUUGUCUGAGAAAGAGAGUACAGUUCCCUCAAGUCACUUGAUAAUCCCAACAUUUCAGGAUGAGUCUCUCAGUUUUCCACAGCAUAACCUGCUGCAGCAAGAAAAUUUGACAACACUCCAAGAACAGUCUAACAUACAGAGGGUAAUAUGUGGUGCUAAACAAGAAACUCAGGAAUUUGUAUACCAACAAAGUGAAUUAGAAAAAGGAGUUUAUGAACAGACGGGCAUCUCUUUAUCCCUACCCCAGGAAGGUGAAUCUGAAAGAUGCAAGGAAUUGAUGUCAAUCAAGAGCGACAGUACAGUUUUCGUAAGCCAUCCAAAGAGCCCAAGAUUUCAGGAAAGAGUGCUGAGAUUUUCACAACAAGGUAAUUUGGAGGGACACCAGCAAUGGCCAGUUGCAGAGGAGGAGGCCCUUCAUUGUAGCCAAAUAACCCAAGGAAAUAUAUCUUCUGAACAAACUGGUUCCUCCUCCUUCAUACCCCGGUUAGGACCACUUUCAUUUACUUCCUUACCUUCUCCUGAACCUGGUACAACCCAGGAACCUCUUUCAACAGAGAGUGAUGGUAAAAUUCCUUCAAGCCGUAUUCACAUCCCACAAUUGCAGGAUAGGCUUUUGAGGAUAUCACAACUUAUCCAGCCUCGACAAGAUAACUUGAAUGCACUUCAAGAACAGUUAGCUACACAGAGGGAAGCCAUUGUUCAAUCUAGACAAGAAGCUCGGGAAGAAUUACUGUUACAUAAGCAGAGGGAGUGGAAGGAAGGAAUAUCUCCCGAGCAUGUUGGCACCUCUUCCUUCUUACCCCUAAGUGUGCAGCACUCAUUUGCUUCAUUACCUCUUACUGAAUCGGAUAGAAUCCAAGAACCUUUCCCAACUAAGAGCGAUAAUACGGCCCCCACAAGUCAUUCUGAGGUACCAAGAUUGCCUGAUAGGCUUUUGGGUUUAUCACAGCCUGUUUUACCUCAACAAGAUACAUUGCCCAGACAAAAUAAAUUUGAGGAAAAGUUAUCUUCAGAGGAUUUUAUCCAACCUCAUCAUGGUGAUUUGAAGGUAUUUCAACAGCAGUUAGACAUACAAAGGAAAACCAUUCUAUUUAGACAGAAAGCCCAAGAAGAAUCGCUUUUGCAAAGACUAAAUAAAUUGGAGAAAAGGGUAUUGUCUGAGCCACCUAGCUCCUCUUCAUCCUUAUUCCAGGGAGCACUGCCUGUUGCUGACCCUGAAAGAAUCCAAAAACCUUUCCCAACAAGAAGUAACAAUACUGUUCCCUCGAGUCAUCCUGAAAUCACCAAAUCACAGGAUAGGCUUUUGAGUUUAUCACAGCUGCCCCAGCAAGAUCAUCUGACAGCACAAUUGGACUUUCAAAGGGAAGUGGUACAUUCAAGUGAGAAGGUCCAGGAAGAACUGCUUCUAAACAAAAAAAUUAAGUUGAUCGAAAGUGAAUCUUCUGAGCACGCUAUUCCCUUUAUUCCACCCAAGGAAAGAGAGCGUUUCUUUAUUCCACUACCUUUUGCUGAAGUUAAAUCUAAAGACAUUUGUGAACUGGAUCCAUUCAAGAAUGAACAUAUAGCUCCUUCAAGUGAUUCUGUGACCCCAAAAUUUCAAGGUAGACUUUUGAGUUUUUCACAGCCUAUCUUAGCUCAACAAGAUAACUUGGGAUUUCAGAAGCAAUUGGAUCUACAAAAAGAAGUCCUGUAUUAUAGCCAAAAAGCCCAGGAGGAACUGCUAGCACAGAGACAAACAGCACUGCAACAGCAGAUACAGCAACACCAAGAGAUUUGGAAGGAUUUAUUUAAAGACAGUCAGACAAGGAAGCCCACACUUGAAAAUUAUUUAAAGACCCAGAUGCUCAGGGAACAGCUUCCUCAUCUCCAAGACCAAGCAAGAGAGGAUCCUGCAAAUGAUAAUCAGCUACUUUCAGAAGAUAGUAGUAAGAUAAGUGGUGAGCAUCUGAACAAAGAACUGGGUUCGAGAGCCUCAAAGCCACCGGUAGCAAAAGUUAAAUGUGGAUUGGACUUGAACCAACAUGAACUUAGUGCUAUACAAGAGGUGGACUCACCAGCAAGUGGCAGACCUUCUAUACUAGGUAAACCAGAUUUUUAUCAAGACAGAGACCCCCUGAGGGUUUCUAUAAGUCGAGAACAAAGUUUCCUUAGGACCCCACUGGACCAUGGUCCUUUUGGUCAUCCCCUCCCGAUUGCCCAGAAUGUCUGUGGUGAUGACUCUGAUGAAGCAGUCAAGGUCAAGGAGGCUAUGGUUGAGAAUCAUGCAGUAUUAAGUUACACUGUGGAGGAAGGACGUACAUAUCCGAGUCCAGCUGUGGAGCCAAACAAGGCUGAAACACAAGAGAUUUAUCAUGAGCCAGUAUCUUCAAUAACUAUUUCUACUGGGAGCUUAAGUUAUGAAAACACAGAUUUGAGCUUUACAGAUCCAGCUGACCUUGACUUUCCAGAAUUGGAACACAGUUUUCCAAACUUUCAUCAUCAGCUGUUUAAACCCUUAGAACCACAUCCAGAUUUUGAUUGCUCAUCAGUAUCCUCUGGGAUUUCUCAGGAAUGCAGAGACUUUUACCAGAGCUCAGACUCUUCAUGUGAAAGCCAUCAUGCACCUAUAUCAUCCAAAAGCACAGCUUCUUUUAUAGCACUAAGGAGGACCAGCCUGCGUUCUCCUAACACAAGCCUCAAUCAGCAACCUGACCCUAAGGUGGCUCAAACUGCAGCUCAGAGUUUUGCCACAGGAAGCAUUGUUGAGGGAUCUGAACAAUCUUUUCAACAACUUCUGCCAGAAUUUUCUUCACAGGAGGGAAGCCAGCAUGCUGAUCUACCAAGUAUUUUUAGCAUUGAAGCAAGAGCAUCUUCCCAAGGCAUGGAAAAUCAGAACUACGCCCCUGAACAGACUGAAAUGUUACAAAAUAAGAAAAAAAGUGUUCAUUUUCAGCUCUCUGUAGGAAAUCUGCAAAGCUCAGUCUUGAGUUCAUCUGGUGAAGCUAAUGUGUUUCAUCAGUUAAAUCUACAGCAUAGCACUCCGUGUGGUUCCACCUCUAGUGAAUGCUCAGAGAAAGACCAACUAGAAGGCAGGAAGGAAAGACUGGCCUCUGAAGAACUAUCAGAAAGGGGGGUUGAUACAGUGCUACCAAGUCAAGGACUUGCUGAAGAUGAUGAAAAUGGAAACCGGGGGGUUUUAAAUAUAAAUCCACACAUACAGGAAAUUGGCUCACAAUUAUGUGUAGGAACAGUGGAAAUGGGAACUUCAACUCAGACACCAUAUUCAUUAACUCCCCAGAAUGAAAAAUAUUUUGAGAACUCAACUAAAACAGAAACUCCAAAAACCAUACGAAAUCAGUCUCAGCUAUCACAGUCAGAGCUGUUUUUAAGUUCUGGAUCGUUUUCACUACAGAGCUCCAUUCCAGUCUGGGAGACAGAGUCUGGCCAUGGUAUAAUGGAAGAACCAGAACUCACAUUAGUAAGCACCAGUGAUAUCAGUAUUGCUGAAAUGGAUUUUGCAAACUUAACCCUUGAAGAAAAGAGAGACAAUGAAGCAACAAGCUUUCAGGUGAGUGAAUUUAUGCCUCUCGCACCAGAAACUGAAACCUCAGAUUUUUCAGCUGUAUCAGAGCAUUCUGUGGAGCAGCAGACUACAUUAUCUACAGAAACCCUUCCCAAGUUUAUACCUGUACCAGGGAGCUUACAAGAAGCAUUUGUAAAGAGAAAAAAAUCGUUUAUAGAGAGAUCCUCCCAGAGACAGAAAGAAAUAAGGAGUAAAAUUCGUGUUUCUGAAAAUUCUCAAAGCAAAAUAAUUAAGGGGAAGUCUUCUACAGGUUCAUCUGUGAGUUGCCUAAAAGGUGUGAACAGAGUGUCCCUUCCUGAAGACAGAAAGACUGCACAAGCCCUCAUGCGCCAAAGGGCACUCAGGUUAUAUAAUCAAUUAGCUGAAGUAAAACAGCAAAAGGAAGAGAAAGCAAAGCAAGAAGCUUAUGCCCAAAACAGAGCAAGGGCAAAAGAAUUUCACAAGGUGAGCAGGGUUCCCUUACAAUUUUCCUUAUCAAAGGCACAACAUAACUGUUAACUGGUCAAUCCUGUUUU